CCUGUUCCAGGACCUGGUGUUCGGACCCUGAUCCAGGACCUGGUGUUCGGACCCUGAUCCAGGACCUGGUGUUCGGACCCUGAUCCAGGACCUAUUGCUUAGACCCUGAUCCAGGACCUGGUGUUCGGACCCUGAUCCAGGACCUGGUGUUCGGACCCUGAUCCAGGACCUGGUGCUUGGACCCUGAUCCGGGACCUGGUGUUCGGACCCUGAUCCAGGACCAGGUCUCAGGAUGCCCUGGCUUCUGUCCCCUCAGGACCUGGUGUCUCCGUCCGAGCGGCAGUGCGAGCGCAGCGCGUUCUCCUUCUACCGCGCGGUGCGCGAGCGGCAGCCGGUGUGGCGCCUGGAGGACACGCGCAGCAUGCACGUGUUCAGCUGGGAGGACGGACGCGCACGCGCCUUCCUGCCGUCGGAGGCGCUGUUGUACGCGCUCGUGCACGACCACCGGGACUACGCACGUCACCUGCUCGACAGGUUCACGCUGAGCGCGCUCCGAGCGCCGCGCUGCAGCUUCUGCUGCCGCCGCUGCAGCGGCACGCCGCACCUGAGCGUGGCGGUGCGGUGCGACCGCGCGUCGAUCCUCAGCGCGAUGCUGGAGACGCUGAAGCGGUGCGGCACGCAGGCGGAGCGGCGCGAGCUGCUGGACGGAAGCAGCAGCUGCGAUCACGUGACGGACGCGGGGAAGAGCGCGGUGACGCUCGCGGUGGAGCUGUCACGCGCGGAGUGUCUGCUGCUGCUGCUCGUGCACGGCGCGCGGCCCCGCGGCCUGGACGUCGCGCUGCAGGUGCUGGUGUCCUGCGACGCGACGCGCGGCGACGCGCAGCGAAGCGACGCGCAGCGCUGCCUCGAUCUGCUGCUGCUGUUCCGACCGGACGCGGCGCCGCCGCGCUGCCUGCAGGAAGAGCCGCAGCGCUGGCAAAGCCUUCUGGGAAAUGAAGUGUUCGGAUGGCUGCGCGGGCUGGCUCCGCCCCCCCUCCUGCUGCAGGCUCUGCGGUGCUUGGCCCGGUUCGGCCCGGAUCAGAUCAGCACGCUGCCCCCCCUCCUCCAGCCCCACAGCUGGCGGUGACGUCGUCUGUCACCAUGGAGAUUGUGAACACCUCAGGACAGCUUGUUGAUGACGUAAAUACUGAUUCAUAAAAUCUCACAUUUCCAUCACUUCCAAUGUGAUGAUAUCACACGUUGUAGGAAUACGUCGAGCCAAUCAGUGGAUGUGUCUGUAGCUACAGGUCCUGACAUCAGAUUGGAAGAGAUCAUUGAUCUUUGAGAAAUGAUUAUUACUGAUAAAUGAUCAAAUGUAAUCACAUGUGAUUUGUCUCAUAUUCCCAGUUUGUCUCAAAGAUGUUCUCAACUCAACUUCCUGUACUCAACUCAACAGGAGUCAAACAGAAACUUAGUGAUCAGUGAGUAAAGCUCAGUCCCAUGUGAGGAUCCUCUCCCAGGACACACACAGGUGCUGAUGGAACUGAACACAUCAACACAACAACACAACAACAGGAUUCACUACACGACAAGAAGCAGUUUGUAACUUCAUGUUUAAAUUGUUUAUACAUCAUGUGUGAUGGAGAUGAAGGAGCAGAUUACCUGAGGAGUUCGAGGAGACAUGUUGUGUAUCCAGAAGUCUGGUUGUGAUCAUAUUCCUCCACAAUCAGAUGCCACCGUGAUCAUUGAUAAAUGAGGAUUGGUUAUGGAUCGAUCUCUGGAACAUAAACCACUCAAACUAAACUUGGCAGAAGCUGACCUGAGUCGGCCAUGACAGAUGACACUUGUUAUAUCCCAGUUGUUUUUUCCCAAACGGACACUGAUUGGUUGUUGUUAUUAUGAUGUCACCAGUACGAAGUGUCCAAUUAAUGUUACGAGGUUUUAACCUGAUGCUAGAUUUUAUUUGAUCCCAAAGUUUCCUCAGAUCAGUUUUAUUGAUGAACUGUUUGUGAUCAAUAAUAAUCAGUUUCAACCUCAGAGAAACAUGUAACACCACUUAUGGAUCAUAGUGAUCACGACGGUACCAUGUGAUCUGUUUCUCUGAAUCGUUAACACCUGGUGUACCUGCAGGCCUCAUGACAUCACAUCCAGUUGGGAGCCAAUCAGUGACUGGUUUGAAAAGGACACUGACCACGAGGCUUCUGGUUCAACGCUGAAAAAAGUUGGACUCCGCAAAAGAAGCAUUUGUUAGAAGUUUGUCUGUGGCUGUGGGAGGAGCUACCACAGGAAAUGACCCCCCAUUUUAAGAAAACAAAGCUGCCUUGUCUGCGAAAAGUUAGAAAAACUGUUGACUUCUGUCAAAUAUGAUUCAGGGGAAACUUAGUAACCGUCUUCUUCUUCUACUGUUUGUGUUUCACUGUAAAAUCA